AUCUUGCUCUGCGAGCAGGGUUAUUCUAUAAUUAUUGAAAUGUCACUUUUAAGUUUAAUUUCAGUUUAAUUAUCCAAUUGAGACAGACCUUAAUGUCCGUCUGGCAGUGAAUAGUGAAUCAAAUUGAUGAAAAUUCGGAAAAUUCACAAUAAAAGUGACGUGUGUUUUUAUCGAGACUGUUUAUCUCGGACGACGCAAUUCAGACGGUGCUUAUCAAUGGCUCAUUAGUGCAAUAAAGUGAAGAAUCAACAAUACCGCAAUUCCAGGAAGGCGAGAGCUUCAAAAAUCAAGUUCUGCGGACGAACAAAGUCCCCGCAAUGGCGACCACAGAAAAUGAUAACUCCAGUUCCUCUUCGCAUUACGCUCUGCAUGUAGCGCUGCAGACGAUGAAGGAACGCUGCCAGAAUCUGCAGAAGCGGCUGGAUGCGCUGGAAGAGGAAAAUCUAGCAUUGAGGAUGUCUCAAACUAGCUUGGUCUCGCAAGAGAUAACCAACGAACGCAGGGUUUCCAACCAAACGGAGAUGGAAGUGAUGCGGGAAAAGGUCUCGGAACUGUCACGCCAAAAGAUCCAACUGACGGAUCACAUUUCGAUGGUGGCCGCGGAGAACAGACAGCUGUGGAGCCGGCUGUCCAAGCUGACCAAGGACAAUCAGGCACUGGAUGGGUCUAUGGCUCGCAUGAAGGAAUCGUUGGCGGGAGGUUCGCAGAAUUUGAUCCGAUCGAAAACCUUCACCAAGAACGCACCGAAUCCGAAGCUGCGGGACAAAUUGCCUCGCGAGGGCAGCGCUGGGUCGUGCUCGUCCGAGGAGAUCAAUCUGGAGCUGGAAGAUGCCACGCUGUUGAAUAAGUGUGGAUUCGUUGACAAUGGAACCGGGGCGGAGAUGGGUUUCCUCCAACACGAUGGGGAAGAGUUGCUGUUGUUUGAUCAGGACAGCAAUCCGGACGCCAAGCGGUGCAUCGAGGGUUUGUUGGAAAUUCAGAAGGACUUACUGAGGCAGCAGGUGCUGCUGAAGGCGGCAUCCGGGAAGCUACAGACAAAGCAGGAAAUUUGUAACGCAUGCAAACACAAAAAGACUGAUGGCAAACCGCAGAUGGUGGACAAAACCGUGGAAGUAGGCAAUGACCUUCCCCAGGGGGAUAAGGCCGCAACAACGUCUACAACCAUGACACAUUCAACGGAGGAUCUUCCUUUACCGGAGAUACCUACCGGUGGUGUCGCCGGAGCUGCUGCGAAAAACGGAGGAACCAUGCCGACAGCAACAGCAGCAGCCGCAACCACCGGAACUACGGAAACCGAGGUCAGCACUCUCAAGUACAUCAACAUACUGCAGGAGAAGGUGAAAGCGGACGCUCUGGACAAGAUGUGUCCCAUGUGCGGCAAGAUCUUCGUGAACAUUCCGUUCGACGAGUUCCAGGAGCACGUGGAGGGUCACUUCAUCGACGACAACGAGAUGGACCUGAGCCUGGAUCGGACCUACGAGUACAUCUCGCAGACGGUCGGCAACUUUUGACCAGACGCCGGGAGACGAAUUUACUUUUUUAGCGAAUUGUAGUGAACCUAAUGGAAAAGAAGAACAAGGAAGGCGCCAAAGUAAGUGCAUGACAUGGAUGGGAGGCAGAUCACCCGGGGGUAAGUUUUCAUUUGAGUGGUGUAAAGUUGACAGCCGGAUUGGUUUCGUUUCGGUUUGGUUGACCCUAGUUGCGUCAUUUAUGAAAUGUUGGACCUGUUUGUUAAGCAAAAAAAUAUCGUGAGCGAAAAUAUUGUAUACCUAUUAAUAUCUACUCAGUAAUGUAAGUUACGAUAAAUUUUAGCUUACGGCAAUAUUAUUAAUCCUUUUUUAAUUGCGUGUACUUUAUGUAUGUACCCGUCGCUUCUAGGUGAUGAGCAAUUCGCUUCUCUCAAUAUUGUUGCAUCGGGAUUGAUUGUAAUUAAACUUACGAAUUUAGAAGCCGAUUCCAAAUA